CAAUUGUGCGCAGCUGUCAUUUGUUUUUCAUAUUUGGUGCUUCGCGAAAGGAAAUUGUACCAAAUUUAUUUGAAAUUGUUUAGAAAUGUCGAAUCUUUACGAUCCACUUGAGUUGUUAACGAAUAAAGGCGACCGUGAAUUGUCUGUCUUAGCCAAAUGGUACAAUCCGGUAAUUGCCGCAGCUUGUGGUUUCGGCGUUGCUUGUUUUGUUAAUUUUGGCAUGCGAAAGCCUAUAUUUUCUGGAAUACAACAACAUAUUGGCUUCACUGCUAUCGGCGGUGCCUUAGGCUUAUACUUUGAUGGAAAGCGUGAUGCACAUUUAGCCAAACGCGAUGCUGUUCUGAGACAUUAUGUGGAAACACAUCCAGAUCUAUUCCCAGUUACUGAACGCAAGAAAUUUGGUGAAGUGUUAGAACCAUGGGUGCCGAUUCGUUAAGAAUUAGAAGUUGCAGUAUAGUACCGCCAAAUAUCAAAAAAAAUAUAUAUAUAAAAGAAAUAAUCAAAUGUUACGUUUGUGAUAAACAAAUGUUACUGCAUAAAAAUUUUAUUUCAAUUCAAGCAAUUAUGCUUUAAUUGUUAACCGAAACGGAAAAGCAGAGAAGCGCUAGAAUGUAUAAAAGAAAUAUUAAUUAAAUAAAUUGUAAUCGUAAAUCGUAAAA